CAGCCGAGUCUGGCUCACGUUUUGGCAGGAAGUGAGUCUUAGCUAACCCGAAGCCAAAUAACGUGGGCACUGUGAGGUGCUGGAAGUGGCAGGGAGCGACCAGUACGAGCUCAUCGCCAGCACGCCAAGACGAGCGCUUGAAAAAUAAUCAGCCCAGCGCCCCGUGUAUGACGACAAGACAGAAGCAGCCAUGUCUUCAGCAGUGGACCUUAAGACCAAGGAGGAGAAGGACGCAGAGUUAGACCGAAAGAUCGAAGCGCUGAGGAAGAAAAACGAAGCUCUUGUCAAGCGCUAUCAGGAAAUAGAAGAAGACAAGAAGAGGGCAGAGCAGGAGGGUAUCGCCAUCACCACGCCACGGAAGCCCCGCGCCCACGAGCCGGCACAUUCGGACCGCAGGAGGACCGAGAAAGACAACUUCACCGUCACGGUCGACCUGUCCACGUCGCCGGCGGCGGGGGAUAAGCGGGCGGUGGACGACCGGAAGCCCACCGCGCCCCGCGGCCGCAGAGCGUCGGAGGAGGGCGACGGCCCCCGAGGGCCCAGCGACGGUCGCGGCCCCCCGAGGAGGACGGGCCUCUGCUGGGCGGCGAGGGGGGGGACCCCCAGAGAGGGGGGCCAGGAGAGGAGAGCGCGGGAAGCGCGCACGCCCAGAGAUGGAGAGCAGAGUGAAGCGGGAGGAUGGAGAGGAGGGAGGAGGGGAAGGGGGGGAGCAGGACUAGCAGCGGGAGGAGGAGGAAGUGGUGGACCAUGCGGAGGAGGAGGAGGAGACGCAGGAGGGACACCGGCUGGCGUGGACAGGAAGUCCAAGGAAUGGGAGGAGAAGAGGCGACAGAACAUUGAGAAGAUGAAUGAGGAAAUGGAGAGAAUAGCAGAGUACGAGAGAGGACAGCGGGCGGAUGGCGACAAGCCCCUCCGCAACUUCCUGGACGACCCGCGUCGCUCGGGCCCGGCCCCCGAUGUGGACCGCAAGGAGGGCAGCCGGAGACACGUGCGCAACUGGGGCGGCCUGGACUUCGACAACAUCAAGACUGGCGGCGAUCUCGAGAGAGAGUGGACCAGUCGGCGUCCCGGCCCCAAAGGCUCGAUGGACAUGACCAUGUCCAUGACGGGCCGCGAGCGGGCCGAGUACCUGCGCUGGAAGAAGGAGCGCGAGCAGAUCGACGAGGAGCGACUGGCGCGCCAUCGCAACGCCACCGGGCAGUGGAGGCGGGAGUGGGACGCGCAGAAGACGGACAACAUGUUCAAGGAGGAAGCGAAUGCGGCGGCAGUGGGCAGCACGCCAGAGCAAGGCGGCAGGAGAGUCCGAGGGCGCAACUUUGGCAGCGAGCCUCGGGGCGGAGCCUCAGCAGAUGAUGGCAAGCGACCCCCCAAAGUGCCCACAUUCGGCGACUUCCUGUCGCAGGGCAGGUCUCGGGGGCCCCGAGGGGAGCGGAGUCGAGGGAAGGGCCGAGGAGGGAAGCCCAGCUACAGUAUGCACGACAACCGCUGGGAAGGCGAGAAGGAAGACGUGGAGAAGGAGAAAAAAGACAAACCCAAGCGAGAGAAGAAGUCCGCACCUGAGCCGGCACAAAAGGCGGAGCCGGCCGAAGAAGACGAGCAGGACGACGACCAGUGGGAAGACGCCAGCGAGGGCGAGGAGGAAGUGUCCGACGAAGACGAGAAGAAAGACGCCGGGAAAGAGGAAACCGGCAAAGACCGAGGCUCUCCCGCGUCGCCUCCGCCUCGCUCCCCGCCGCCGUCGUCGGCCAGAAGCCCCCGGGAGCAGCGUACCCCGAGACCCGAUGUCCGCAUCCCCUCGCCCCGGGCGGCCUCGCAGGGUCUCCCAGAGGCGGGGAAGCCCAUCAGCCCCUUUCAGCUGCUGGACGGACACCAGCCCGUGUCGGACUGGGGGGAGGAGAUGGAGAUGCUGUCGCCGCGGAGCAGCGUGGGAGGGGAGAGCCCCCCCAAACCCCCCGGUGCUGAGAGCAGCCCCCCACAAAAGAAGGAGCAGGAGGAGACCGCUGAAGCCACUGAGGAGGACGCAGUGGCCCCUGGCACCACAGCGGCUCAAUCGCCUCCAGAAAACACACAAGUCCAGCAGGUUGUCCUGGCAACGGAACCCCAAUGUGUUCUCGCGGACGGGCCAGAUGCGCGGCCCUGUUUACUCGCGCCGUCCCACGUGUCCGACGGCACCGCCCCGGAUGCCGCUGAACGUGAACAGGGUGCGCCCGACACCCCCUCGCAAGUUUGUCUCGUAGACGGAGCGGACCGUUCGCCACCCGCCGUCCUGGUGAGCGAAGCCGCCGAAGCGGAAAGCCGAAGCGAAGCAGAAGGGGAGAUGAACGACAAUCCUGACAGCGACGACCACAAAGGCGAGGUGGAAACCGACGCCAUUGCCACAUCGGAGCCGUCCGCCGGGCAGCCCACCUCAGACUGAAGACGACGACAUCGCUGGAGUGAUGUCACAUGUUUCCCUCCCCCAAAAAUGGAGGUGGGAGGGGCCUCAUAGCCAAACUUCAUAAAAUGGAGCUGCUGGAAUCAGCUGAAGCCACGCCCAUGAGCUCAACCAAUCACAAGGCUGCAGAGGCCAAUUGGUCUGCAGUUUUUCUUUGCCGUAAUCCUGUCAGUAGGCUUCAAUUGCUUUAAGACACUUUUAUACCACUUUUUAUCGCUGUCAAGGAAAUAUUAUGACCAACUGCCCAACGUACGACCGCUAUGUCGUCAUUCGUAUAUUAAAAACGUAAGACUGCUUUA